AUUUCAUUUUCACAACCCUUAUUUACUACUAGUCAAGAUCAAGAAAAUUUAUUGCCAUUCGGUCCUGUAGAUAUUGAACCUAAUAUUUCUUCAACCCAACAGGCAUUACAACAAGCAAGAGAUCCAAGAGAAAAAGGUCGAAUUUGGAAUAAAGUUAUUGCUAAUGUGCAAUCUUCUAAAAUUGCAAGCUUAGUUUUAAAAGAACGUACAAAAGCAUCAAUUCAACAAAAGUGGGAUUCACUUCUUCAAAAAUAUCGUGAUAUUAAAGAUAAGAUUGCAAGUACUAGUGAAGAAGCUAUUCAAAAUAAUUGGGAAUUCUUUGAUUAUAUGGAUGAAUAUUUAAAAAAAGAUUCAAGCAUUACUGCAUCAAUUACAAGUGACUCAAUCUAUGGAAUUAAACGAAGAA